AUGGAUGAUUAUGAUUACAGUCCACCCGAAUCGUUUGGAAAUCAUUACGGAGCCGACGAUAAGAGUGGGAAAAAGCGGAAGCUAUAUUUUUCCAGCGAUGCGAAAACCGAUGAUGAUGACCAGUAUACGCCUCCUCAUGGGUCUUACCAUAGUACCUCGAUCGAGUUGUUUCCAGGAUUGUCGAUUGAUUUGGGUGAUAAAACUGAGAGAAAUGAGGAUGAAAUCCCUGAAGAAGAGUCGAUACUCUCUAAGCAGAGUUCUGUUCAACAGGCUAUCGCUGAAACAGCUAAUUUAGAUGAAGAUGUAGAUCUUACAGAGAAAAAUGUCUCGAUUCAAGGAACAAACAUCAUACUUGAAUCCGAUGAAGACAUCCAAAAGUGGGUCCAAGAAAGGCGUAAGAAUUGGCCUACGAGCAGACGAAUCAAAGAGAAGCAGAAGCAGAGAACUGAAGAAAUGAGAAUACUAGCUGCCAGUUCGGCUGAUUCUGCUGAUUCUGCCAAUUCCUUGCAAUAUUCCUCUGGUGCCUCCUCAAACAGGAGAAUUUGCAGAUAUUGGCAGUCAACGGGUCGCUGCAGAAAUGGAUCCAAAUGUAAGUUUCUUCAUGAAGUUCGCUGUAACAAUGGAGUCAGGCACCUUCCUAAUCAUAAGAUCAAGAUUAUUCAUGGAGUCCCAGUUCAAAUUCCUCAAAGGUUCUCACCAAUGGUCAACAAAGGAAAGUCUCUAACAAGUCUUCUGAUGGAAAGUGAUCAUCUCAAGGAUGAGAAUCUCAAAUUGCUAGACGUGUUUGAAAAUAUUGUUAAAUCUGGUCUCAUCAAAACAGACUGGGACUCGUUAAAGAGGAAACUUCAACUAGACAAAAAGUGCUAA